CCACUCGGCAGCACAGCAGUAACCCGUUGUUCAAAAGUAGGUAGCUUCAUUUAUGACUAUCUAUCCACCUUCUGCUCUAGCCAGUUUCAUCAUUCCACAGAGCAAGGAUCUUUCUUCAAUCUUCAGCAUGCAGAUGAGUUUUCGGAACAUGAGAAGCUUCAGGACUCUGGAUCUCUCCCUCAGGCUCACUGUUCUCCCUCUCACCGUCGCCUCCCUGUGGCUCAUGGCCACCGACAACCAAGCCAGCGACGCCUACGGCAAGGUGGAGUUCAGCGACAUCUCCGGGUUCAAGUAUUUGGUUUCCAUGAACGCCAUGGCCUUUAUCUACGCCGCCGCCUCUGUCCUCAUCUCCUCCUGCCUUGGUCGCUUCGACGCUCACUGGCUCUUCUUCGUGCUGGACCAGGCUGUGGCUUAUCUGAUGGUGACGUCAGGAGCAGCGGCGACGGAGGUGGUGUAUUUGGCGUACGAGGGCGACGAGAGAGCCUCAUGGAGCGAAGCCUGUAGUUACUACGGUGAGUUCUGCAACAAGGCCAAGGUGUCACUGAGCUUGCACAUGGUGGCCUUUGCCUGCUUCAUGGCUCUGUCUCUGGUUUCAGCUUAUAGAGUGUUCUGCAAGUUUGAGGCUCCUCGUCCUCCUCCUCCUGCUCCUUCUUCCAACUCUAAAGCUGGAGAGGAACAGGUGGAAUAAGCUCAGCAUGCAUCUGUUUUAGACUUGAUGGAGUGUGCGAAUUAAAUAUUACAAAAUCCUGUGUUUCAGUCCAUGAAGAGAUUAGGAUACUCAUGUAAAUUAACUUUAUUUCCCUUCGAUGGCGAGUAGUAAUUGAUCCGAAGAUCAUGAACACACUGUAUAUUCUUGAAAAAACAUCCCUUAGUAUUCCGAGAUAAUAUAAAUUAUGGUGUAA